AUGGAAGAUGCAACAACGGUUCUAGAUGAAGAAGAUACGACGGUUCUAGAUAAGGAUCCUCAACCGUCGGAUUUCAUGACCCCUUCUGGUCAAAGAAUUCUUGGUGAGAGAUCUGUCAAGCCGUCUGCCAAAGUAAAGGAUACGCAAUGGAAAAUAGCUAAAUGUGGUCGGGGAAGAGUUAUCAAGAAUUUUGACAUCGUCGAAUCUUCCUUUCUGUCUCCCAUUUGGUACAUCAAUCAUUGCUUUACUCUUCACUUUUCCUCUCUUCCCGCCAUGAGUGUUACUUGUGAUCUCAUCAUUAACUUGUUAAACUACAUGGAUCGUGGUGCUAUAGCGAGCAAUGGUGUCAAUGGCAAUAUCAGGACUUGUAAUGAUAAGGGCAAAUGCAACCCUGCAACUGGAAUUCAGGGACAUUUCAAAUUAAGCAAUUUCGAAGAUGGUGUGUUGUCAUCUUCAUUUAUGGUUGGACUUCUUAUUGCAUCACCAAUCUUUGCUUCAUUAGCAAAAAGUUUCAAUCCAUUUAGACUUAUUGGAGUAGGCUUAACUGUUUGGACUAUUGCAGUUCUUGGUUGUGGAAGUUCCUUUGCCUUUUGGUUUAUCGUCUUAUGUCGCAUGUUCGUUGGUGUAGGUGAAGCUUCUUUCAUCAGUCUUGCAGCUCCAUUUAUAGAUGAUAAUGCUCCUCACAAACAGAAAGCUGUGUGGCUUGGUGUGUUUUACAUGUGUAUACCAAGUGGUGUUGCUUUGGGCUAUGUCUAUGGCGGAUACGUUGGAAAACAUUUUAGUUGGCGCUAUGCGUUUUGGGGAGAAGCUGUUUUAAUGGCUCCAUUUGCUGUUCUUGGUUUCUUGAUGAAACCUCUACAGUUAAAAGGGUUUCCUUCUACUGAUUCUAUAAAGAUGGCUUCAUCAGAUGUUCCGAAAUCGUUUACUCAGUUUGCGAAAGAUAUGAAAGUUUUAUGUAAAGAAAAAGUCUUUGUUGUUAAUGUCUUAGGUUAUGUAUCAUACAACUUUGUUAUUGGUGCAUACUCAUAUUGGGGACCAAAGGCUGGUUAUAGCAUUUACAAAAUGAAAAACGCCGAUAUGAUCUUCGGUGCAGUAACUAUCAUUUGUGGGAUCAGUGGGACAUUAUCAGGAGGGUUUAUACUCGAUCGUGUCACCGCAACAAUUCCAAAUGCUUUUAAACUUUUAUCCGGAGCAACGUUUCUUGGAGCGAUCUUUUGCUUCACUGCAUUUACCUUAAAGAGUUUAUACGGUUUCAUCGCUCUCUUUGCCUUAGGAGAGCUUCUUGUGUUUGCUACACAGGCUCCUGUGAAUUAUGUGUGUUUGCAUUGUGUGAAACCAAGUUUAAGACCAUUAUCAAUGGCUAUCUCUACCGUCGCGAUUCACAUAUUUGGCGAUGUUCUUUCUUCUCCUCUUGUCGGUAUCGUUCAGGAUCAUAUCAACAGUUGGAGAAAAACAGGAUUGAUCCUUACAUCGGUUCUGUUCUUAGCUGCUGCAAUAUGGUUUAUAGGGAUAUUCAUAAACAGUGUAGAUCGGUUUAAUGGAGAAGAAAGUGAAAGUGAGAAGCAGAGGAGGCAAGAACAAUCGAUUGUAACUCCAUAAAUGAAUAAAUACUAUAUAGC